UACAAAAAAGAUGGCUGCGCCCAUGUCGAGAAAGGUUGUAUUGAUGAAUAUAUGGCGUGUAGCGCGUUUAACGGAUGAAAGAACAAAGCUUCUUCAGCUGCAUAGUCGGUCGAUGGGUUUCUUUGACAAGCUGAAGGUCUUCGAAAAGCAUAGAGAAAUAGAGAGGUUAAAAAAAGAAGGAAAGAAAGUAGAAAUCCAGAAACUGAUUGAAGACAUCGGUGAUGAAAGUGACGGCCCAGUUGACAAGAGAGUGGGUAUAGAGGAUCGAAAAGCGUACACCCCUGCGGAGGAUGUUGUGGAGCAGAUACAGUCCACAGCAGAGAGCUUCUACGGGAAAGCUGAUGACUGGCAAGCCAUCCAACUGACAUCUAGACUAAAAAAGUUUGAUUUUGUGACAAAGCUGAUAUCCGACCUGGAUCACGAUGUACCAAACAUGACACUUCACGAGAUGAAGACAGUAGGGGAUGUUGUCACAUAUUUUCAGACAGAAGUUCGCAACAGUUCUUCGCUAGAUGAUCUUAACAAGCUUAACCUGCCUAAAAAUCUACAUAUGAACUUGGAGUAUAUACGUUUUCACCCUGAGACUGAUAAGAUAUAUGAUGGAUACACUGCUUUUCCAGGCAGAGCUACUAAAGUGACCAGUUUGAAAUAUAAGCGUAAAUAUAUUGGUUAUGAUGGGGGUGAUCCUGACAAUGAUCCAGACAGUCUUACAAAAUUUAAGUAAUCUUGGUUUCAUCUCUUUAGUGUUCAAAUAUUUGUAAAGGUUACACAAUAAAACAUGAA